AUGUCACAAAAUCAAACCUGGUAUUCAAUUAUCGGUUACCUCUAUGUUAAAACAAACAGUGGAGCAUUUUCAUUAUUAAAAUCACGAAAACGAAUGUUUUUUGCACUGGAAGAAUGUAAAAAUUUGCUAAUAUCAUACAAGGAUGAAAUGGAUUUUGUGAAGAAGAAAAAACCAUUGGAGCAAAUUGCAUUAGAUCAUGCCGCAUGCACAUUAGGUGAAAAUUCCGAAACUGAAUUCAUCAUUCAGUAUGUUUAA